AUGCAUAUCGAGGCCGUCUUCUGCACAAUCUGCGGCCGUGUAAAUGUUGCAGAAAAUAGAACAAGCAUUCCAGGUGGCUUGCGAUCACCAGACUGUAAAAAUAUGUCCUGUUAUCAAACACCCCUUUCAGGCAAAUAUGGCUCGAUGCGAAUCCGGCCAGAAAGCAGGGAGUUAUCAACAUCAUCUCAACAAAAGAUCUCUCAACUCUUUCUUGAUCUCAAAUUGUCAUCGCCAUCCAGUACAACAACCUCACUCGAGACAUCAUCAGACGUCGUCUUUGAUCUCAAACAUUCUAUCGAUAACAUAUCCGUACUUCGACCAUGCCAAUUCGUCUGUGGUGACUACAAGUGGGGCCACUUUCGACAACAUUGUGCCAAAGAAUACCGUACAGGUGAGACCUGCGGCAUGAAAUUGGUCAUGACCACAUACCAGAGUCAUGAGAAGUGCAAGAUUUGCACGAAGAUCGAAACAAAAUGGGGCCGUAUCCAGAAGGAGCAGGAGCGUGUACUUCGAUGGAAGAAGGAAAACGGAAAGAGUCGCCAACACUCAAUCGAGGCGUCAGAGGAGAAGAUCCGGGACCUGCAACAAGAGGUCAAUAAUCUCGAAUGGCAACGCUCGCAGAAUGCUUUAGCUUUGUGA